GUUGGAUAUAAGAGAAAUGGCUCUUGAAGGUCUUCAUCUUCUGAAGGAUCAAGAUCAGAUGCCGGGUGGCAAAUCAGAUGUCAAAUUCCCUGAUCUUGGGCAGAUGUUAGAUUAUAUUUCCAUGAGGCAGCCACAAAUCUUGGAACCUACCAAACUGAGGGAAGAGAAACUCCUUUUUCCUUCAAAAACUUACAUUGCCAUGAUUAGAUUUUUGAUGAAUUGCUUUGAGCAUGACCACGCCAUAGUUGAUUUUGAGGGUGGAAUAAAUGAAUUUGGUUCUCCAGUUGUAACAAUGUGCCUGUUGUUAGAACAUGCUUUGGCAUUAGAAGGGUCGGCUGAGCUUCAAAGCAUUUCCUCAAAGGCGUUAGUUGAAAUUGGUUCUCGUUUACCACAGCAUCUUCCUGCUAUCUCUAUUUCUCAAGUUUCCAGCCUUUUAAAUGAGCUUGCUUCCUCAAUUAUUGGAACUAAAAUGCUAAGAUUUGAAAACUAUCAUGGAACUUUAUGUGCCAUUGGAUUUGUAUGUGACAGCAAGUCGAUGGGAGAAAGGAGCCUUCUAUACCAGUAUAUAAAUAACAUUCAAAAUCCAUCUGAUGUUUCUGUAUUCAUAGCAUCAAAGGAUCAAAUUGUUGAACAUCUUGUGAAAGUUGUUGAGUCAGAGAGUGCUAUAUUAGCUUCUACUGCUAUGGAGGCACUCGGACAUAUUGGUCUUCGCUGUGCCUUGCCUGCACUUCCUCAUGAUUCAAAUUCUGUUGGAGUUGUAUCAAUUCUAAAUGAAAGCUUGCGCAAAAUACUCUCUGGUAAUGAUAUCAAAGCAAUCCAAAAGAUCCUUGUUUCUUUGGGGCAUAUAUGUGUGAAGGAGACAUCUUAUACAAAUUUGAUCAUUGCUCUUAGUCUAGUUUUCAUCCUAUAUCGUUCAAAGGUUGGUGGUUUACUUUUUGCUGCUGGGGAGGCUAUAUCCUUCUUAUGGGGAGGUGUGCCUGUGACCGCAGAUUUGAUGCUCAAAUCAAAUUAUAGCUCCCUCUCUGAUAGUUCUAAUUAUCUUAGUGGUGACAUGGCCUUAUCAAUAUUAAAGUCUGGCUCACUUGAGAGUAACAUUAAUGAAGAAUCACGUGUAAUGGCUAGAGAAGUGAUAGUAAAGAAACUAUUCGAAGAUCUCCUGUACAGCAGCAGGAAAGAUGAACGCUGUGCUGGUACUGUAUGGCUUUUGUCACUCACCAUGUAUUGCGGGUAUGAUCCCAAAAUCCAGCAACUUCUUCCUGAAAUCCAGGAAGCUUUUUCCCAUCUUCUUGGUGAUCAGAAUGAUCUAACACAGGAGUUGGCAUCAAAAGGCAUGAGUAUUGUGUAUGAACUUGGUGAUCCAUCUAUGAAACAUGAACUAGUAAAUGCUCUUGUAGGCACAUUAACUGGUUCAGGGAAAAGGAAAAGAGCUAUCAAGCUAAUGGGUGAUUCAGAAGUUUUUCAAGAAGGGUCUAUUGGUGAAACUCUUGGUGGAGGGAAACUUAGUACUUAUAAAGAGCUUUGCAGCUUAGCUAAUGAGAUGGGUCAACCUGACUUGAUAUAUAAAUUUAUGGAUCUAGCUAAUUAUCAAGCUUCUUUAAAUUCGAAGAGAGGGGCAGCUUUUGGAUUUUCAAAGAUAGCAAAGCAUGCGGGAGAUGCACUUCAACCACAUUUACAACUAUUGAUCCCUAGGCUUGUCCGUUACCAAUAUGACCCAGAUAAGAAUGUUCAGGAUGCUAUGGGACAUAUUUGGAAGUCAAUUGUUGCAGACACGAAAAAGACAAUUGAAGAACAUUUUGAUAUUAUUAUUGAUGAUCUGCUAAUGCAAUCUGGAUCAAGACUUUGGCGUUCACGUGAAGCUUCAUGUCUUGCCCUUGCAGACAUUAUUCAAGGCCGGAAAUUUGAUCAGGUUUCGAAGUAUUUGAAAAAGAUAUGGACAGCAGCAUUUCGUGCUAUGGAUGAUGUAAAGGAAACUGUACGGAAUUCUGGUGACAGUUUAUGUCGUGCAGUUAGUUCACUGACAAUUAGGUUGUGUGAUGUAUCACUUACUGCUCCGUCAGACGCCAGUCAAGCAAUGGAUAUUGUUUUGCCCUACUUACUUGUUGAAGGGAUAGUGAGUAAAGUUUCAAGCAUCCAGAAGGCUUCCGUUGGCUUAGUUAUGAAGCUUGCAAAGGGUGCUGGGAUUGCACUUCGACCACAUUUGCCAGAGCUGGUCUGCUGCAUGCUGGAAUGCUUGUCAAGUUUGGAGGAUCAAAGUUUCAAUUAUGUUGAGCUGCAUGCAGAAAAUGCUGGAAUUCGGGCAGAAAAACUUGAUAAUUUGAGAAUAGCCAUUGCUAAAGAUUCAACUAUGUGGGAAACUCUUGACCUUUGUUUAAAAGUUGUUGAUAAAGAAUCAUUGGACCUUUUAGUUCCUCGAUUGACUCAAUUGGUUCGGUCUGGAGUUGGCCUCAAUACUAGGGUAGGUGUUGCUAGCUUCAUUACCUUAUUGGUUCAGAAAGUCACAACAGACAUCAAACCAUUUACCAGUACAUUAUUGAAGCUCCUAUUAGCUGCUGUUCUUGAGGAAAAGAGCAAAGCUGCAAAGCGAGCCUUUGCAGCUGCUUGUGCCAUGGUUUUGAAGUAUGCAGGGCCAUCUCAAGCACAAAAGUUGAUUGAAGACACUGCUGCUUUGCAUUUGGGUGAAAGAACGGCUCAGAUAUCUUGUGCAAUUCUUUUUUGA